ACGUCAAACAAUACGAGAACAAAAAUUCGAUUUUCUAUUCAUCAUAAAGAAAAUAUUAUUUUUAAAUGAAAAAUACAUAUUCAGUGUAAAAUGGAGACUUCUGCAGCUCCAGCUAAAGGCAAAGGUCCAAUCAUAGACCCUGCCCUAUGCAGAUGUUGCAGAUCUAUAAAGAAAUGCCGUCUGUUAACUGUAGAGUACGAAUGGAUGGGAACUAAAGAAACUUAUUCAGACAUGUUUAUGGAUUGUUUUGGGCUUCUUCUAUCAAACCUCGAUGGAGAGACUAAGGAGUGUUGUAUAUGUGCAACCUGCGUGGUGAGACUCCGGGAUGCUUGUGCAUUCAGACAGCAAGUACUCCAAUCCGAAGAGGUGUUUCUCAGUACGAGGCUGCAUUUGAAAGAAGAUUGUUCGGAUAAAGUCGAGGUAGUGAUCAAAGCGGAACCAUUAUGCGAAGAGUCUGAUGGAAUGGAAGAUAGGGAUGAUCUCCCCGAUCAGGAUAUGGGAGAUACAGAUGCGAUAGACACGAAAAUGGAUAUGGAUUUGAAGAACGAGGUCGAAGAAGCUCCCGUGUCUGGUCGCACGCGAGCCAAGAGGGAGCGGGGACAACAUUCAAUUAAGAAGGAGAUUUCAAUCAAGAUGAAGAAACUACGAGCUAAACUUGACGAGAUGUUGGAUAAACCUGUUGCAGAAGUCCCAGUGAAGAAGGAACCUGGUAAAAAGAAGAAACAAGAGUUGGACCAUGACUUUAUGGUGUACACCAACGCACUAACAAUAGUCCAUAAUUCCUAUGUCUGUCCAUUUCAGAACAGAAUCAGCAUAUAUUACUGUUUCUACUGCAGAGAUCAAUUUACAAAUCCAAACGAACUCCGAGAACACACUCUCACCCACGAUCCAGUCGAAUUAUUCCAAAACACAAUGGAGAAUCGUAAAAUUCCAAAAAUCGAUAUAACAAGAAUCGAUUGUCGAUUGUGUAACGAGAAAAUCGAUGAUUUGGACGUUUUCAAAAAGCACAUCACUAGUGUACACGGAAAAAUGUUGUACCCCGUCACGAAUGAGUUUCUUAAAUUCAAACUGAGUUUAGAUAAUUUGAUUUGCACCGAAUGUAAUGGAGCCUUUCCAUAUUUCGACGUUUUAAAGAAACAUAUGAUCGAUCAUUUCGGUACUUAUAUAUGCGAUGUUUGCGGGGCGUGCUUUUUAGAGCGUAAUUCCUUAAGGACGCACAUAAAAUCGCACACAAAAGUCGAGGAGAGUUUUCCUUGUGAAAUAUGUGGGAAGAAUUUGAAAAGUAAAUACAGCAGGUAUUUACACGUAGCUACAGUGCACGAGAAGAAGCCAACGGUCAAUUGUUACAAAUGUGAAGCGAGUUUUUUAUCUUACGCGCUAAGAAAUCGACACUUGAUCGAGGUACACGGCGAUAAACGGACUUUUGCAUGUAAACUUUGCGAUAAAGUUUACAAUAGGAGAAAAACUCUUAUGGAGCACAACCGAAGGAAUCACCUCAAAGUUUAUAGGCAUCAAUGUGAUUUGUGUGACCAGCGAUUCUAUUUACCGUCCCGUUUGAAAGAACAUAUGGCAACACACACAGGGGAAAGGAAUUUCAGAUGUGAAUUCUGUGAUAAGAGUUAUCCUCGACUUCAAUCGCUACAGGAGCAUAUUCGAUCCCACAGCAGCGAUAGAAGGUUUAAAUGUGAUAUUUGUAACUCGACGUUCACACAGAAUGGUAGUUUGAAAAGUCAUAUGAAGUCACAUCAUCACCAGAAUUAUGAAUUGGAUGCGAAUUAUACUUAAUUGAUUUUUUUUUAAUCACACUUGAGUUUAAUUAUAUCGGUGUAAUAGAAA